AUGGCGCCACUGGGCACUCGACAGAGCCACUCUCUAGGUCCUGGCAUCCCACGUCCCCCCAAAAGACCUCCAAACACCGCGGUCAAAGUUCAUAAGUCAAUUGACCCCACGGUAUUCGUUGAGUUAUUUGUUGGAACCGUCGGGAUAUUCAUAAUCGCAGUCGUGUUUUGGAAACUCGGGCGGUUCAUCAGGCGGUUCAAUCGAAAUAAGGUACUGGGGGCAGACAGAAAUACCAACACCCGAUACGCACGCACAUGGUAUGGCUGGGUCGCGUGGCCGACACACGAGAGGAAUAAACAGGCAAUUCGUGACUUUUUCGCUCGAAUUCGGAAGUUAAUGGUGUGGAACUCGACCCCAGAAGAUUAUAGUUGGAUUUGGUGGGAUCCUGGCGAUGUGGAAAAGCAAAAGCAUCUCCAAGAACGAAAAGGACUUCGUUGGAUACCAGAUUGCCUCAAGAGCUAUGAUGAUUCUCCAACUGCCGAUGAAAUCUGGAAUUGUUAUUCGCGACCCAAGUGUCAUGGAGCACUGAAGGACAGCGUCUCAAUGCUCCAGCCUGUUCCAGCGACUGGCUCUGCGCCGCAGCCGCACGCGCAUGAGCAUGAGGACAUAUCGGAAUCAUUCUUGCCUCGGCAAUCCAAGUUGAUCAACAACCAACCAGUCAUCAUUCGUUCAAUUCUAGAGGAACUUCUCAGGGACUCACUACAGCCAAAGGAAGGCAGUUCUGAUUACCAGCCCUGGUUCAAUUCUCGUAAGAAUGCAGCAAAUCCAGCUACUCGCGCGCCGAUACCAUUCCACCAGGUACAAUCAUUACCAUCUCGACAGCAUAAAUACUACCAAAUCCAAGAAUCAACCCCAUGGUCGUGUGGUGAGAGGUCCCAAGCUAUCUCAUGUCAAAUCGAAUCAAUCGUGGAGCAUGAGGGUCUCCAAUAUGGAAUAGUAGAACCGAGUGGCCCAAUGCACACGAAAGAAACUAAAUCACAUCACCGGCAUGGUGACCACCGCAAAUAUCGUGGAUGGUCAGCACGAAUGCAGAUGGGUCCAAAAGACACAAUAUUUAACAACAUACGGGAUUCAUCUGGCCCUCCAGGGACACCACGGACUGAGUUGUUGGUCAGCUAUGUCACAGAUCCGAGCUCUUCUUUUCGUGGUCACCACGAGAGGCAGCCAAAUAGCAACGAAGGGUGCUUGCAUAUCUCAGAAGAUAGAACAUCGCUCACUUCUAGACUACUCAUUGGAGAUCAAGUUUUGUUCUCGAACGAACAGCAGACAUAUACCAAAACCAUCCAAUGGAAUUCGGCCCCAGCAAGAUGUGAUUUCCAAGGAAAAGGGACCAGUUCGAAAGCAAGGCCAGCAUUGUCUGAUCACUGGCGAUUCAUGUGUGACCUAAAGCAUCAUAGCCUGUCCCGCCGUGAAGGGAAAAGGCCGGAAAUAGACGCCACUCGAUGCUCCGCUGAACAAUCCCAAUUGAAAAUAGGAGACACCGUCCAUGAGUUAAGUGAUUGGGAAGUCAAAUUGAUGGAGAGGCUGGAUCGAAAACUGUUAUGGCUCUUCAAUGAAUUCACUCCAGGGCAGAAACCAUACCAUUUUGCUUUGCUAGCCAACCACUGGCUGAAUAGAGAAACAUGGAUUGUUUAUGACCCUGUGUCCAGAGUUUCCACCGACGCACGCCGGCUGUGGGGAGACCCACGAUUCAAUGUCCCUUAUUCGCAGCCGGUUUUCAGUCCCAUACCAAAAUACCCUGCGUCCAAACGGAAACGCGCACAGACUCCUCGCAUUGAUUCCUGGCGGGCUGCAGUGAAUAAGCAGCGGAAGGUAUCUGGGAUACGAGACGCCAUUCGCACUAUUACACUGUAUGAUGAAUCGAUCGAGGACCCACCAGAUGGCCAUAUCGAUCCAGGCUGCUGGGCGUUGCCGAAACCGCCUCAAGGCUUUGAGAUGUCCACUGCACAGAAAAAUGCCUGGUAUGAAGGAGGGGCGGGCUGGCAAGAAACACUUGAUAAUUGGCAGCAAGUCCGCCGGGGCUAUCGUGUUCACAAAGCCCUCCACGAAGGCCGCGUCAAUCGGGGCAGGAUCAAGGAAGUGGCAGCUCAAGUCGACAAGUUUUAUCGUAAUGCAUCCCGAAAAUUGAUCCCAAGCUAUGAUCUUGGGAAAAGAAAAGUUCCAACACUCCCUGUCUCAUGA